CCCAUUCACCUCCAUGAUGCCAAGCAUGGCCUAUGACCUCUAUAACCAGGUUGCACUUAACAUUAUGGGACGAAUGAACCAGAUUGAGGAGAUUUUGGCCAUUGAACACUUGGAUCAUGUAGACAACCUACACGAAGUGCUCACAUGCCUCUGUGACAAACUCAAUGUGAGUCCAUUGCCAUUUUGAGAGCAUUUUCACAAAAUUCCAUAGACAAUGGACCAUCUCCUUGGUCCCUGCAAUCAACAUGAGGAUGAGGGUGCGAGUGAGCAAGAUGCACACGAGGACCAGCCCAGCACAAGUCAUGCCCAACAGCCA